AUGGCUUUUAUCUCCCUCAGUAGGAAUGACAUCAACGUCCUUGAGAAAAUCAAGGACCCCGAGGCCGACCCUACGGCUGUCGUUCCCAUUGACGCCAACCUCCCUCGCGACCCGCAUGUAACAGACAUUUCAGAGUAUACCGACGUUGUGAAGAGGGAGCGCGAAAUUCUGCUCGCUAUCCAGAAACUCGAGCUACAACUUGCCAAUCUGCAGCCUCGGACGAUAUCGGAGCCGGUGACUUGGUACAGAGACUGCCUGUCAAAACUCAACGACAUGAUUGAUGAAUAUCCAAAGUAUGCCAGUGCAAGGAACAAUCGCGCGCAAGCGCUCCGGAGGUUAUACGGCGAUACCAUUUUGAUCGGAACACAGUCAAACAAGGCCCUUAUAUCGCAACCCGACGAAGCGACCCGAAAACGUGCAGCGAAGGUUGUCUUGGAUGAUCUGGAUGUGUGUGUCCGGCUCCUUUCUCCGUCUAGUGCCUUGAGCCCUAUCUCGCCUCAAGCGGCAAAGACCUUAUCGAUGUCGUACACACAGCGCGCCGCACUUUACCAUACCACAGCAAGGUCAUUCUCCGAGAACCUGGCGAUCCCAGAGGACCGGCGUGAGGUAAAUUGGUCCAAACUGGAUUUCGAAGAAGCCGCCGCCAGCGACUUUGCUUUGGGUGGCAGAUACGGCAACGAGAUCGCCAAAGGCUUGGCUGUCGUCAUCCUUCAGCCCGUCGACAAUGGCAAGAAGCCUCACCAGUUCGGCCAUGCUAUCGUAGCUGGCAUCGAGCGAUACCCCUCCAAGAUCACCCGCCGCAUGUCGAAGCCUCGCCAAGAGAAGCGAUCCAAGGUCAAGCCUUUCAUCAAGGUGAUAAACUACAACCACCUCAUGCCCACACGAUACACGCUCGAGCUCGAGGGUCUUAAGGGUGUUGUCUCUGCGGACACCUUCAAGGAGGUUUCCCAGCGCGAGGAUGCCAAGAAGACGGUCAAGAAGGUGUUCGAGGAGCGAUACACCAGCGGAAAGAACAGGUGGUUCUUCACGCCUCUGCGAUUCUAA